AUGAGUGAACAAGCACGAGCCACCAUGAGCGCCGACACUGUCUGCAGGGCAGAGCUGGACUCGGAGCACAACGGUGAGCUGGACGACCUGGUGGCGGCCAUGAACAUGGCCGCCAACUGCAUGACGCCGCCUAACGGCUCGAGGGCCGGCACUCCGAGGACCAGCAGCUCCCACCGUCUCCGACUCUCAGACAGAAAGCUGUCGCUGCAGGAGAGAGGGACCCGCAUGGCCCGACAGCCCACCAUUGAGACCAAGCGUGUGUCCAUCACAGAUGCUGAUGACUGUGUCCAGCUCAACCAGUAUAAACUGAAGACAGAGAUCGGCAAGGGUUCAUAUGGAGUGGUGAAGUUAGCUUAUAAUGAAGAUUCUGAAGAGUACUACGCAAUGAAAGUUGUUUCAAAGAAGAGGCUGAUGAAGCAGUGUGGAUUUUUCCGCCGCCUGCCCCCUCAAGGAUCAAACUUGCAGGAUCCGUUCCCUAAAGCCGCGAUGCCUCUGGAGAAAGUGUACAAAGAGAUCGCUAUCCUAAAGAAACUGGACCAUCACAAUGUUGUUAAACUGGUGGAGGUGCUUGAUGAUCCUGAUGAAGAUGGACUUCAUAUGGCCUUCGAAUUGGUGCCAAAAGGCCCAGUGAUGGAAGUGCCUACAGACGACCCUUUCACAGAGGAGCAGGCUCGCUUUUACUUCAGAGACAUCGUCCUUGGGAUAGAGUACUUGCACUACCACAAGAUCGUCCACAGAGACAUUAAACCCUCCAACCUGCUGCUGGGAGAUGACGGACACAUCAAGAUCGCAGACUUUGGCGUGAGCAACGAGUUCGAGGGGACCGACGCCCUCCUGUCGAGUACGGCGGGGACCCCGGCCUUCAUGGCCCCUGAGAUGAUGACCGAACACGAGCAUCGUUUCAGCGGAAAGGCAUUAGACGUGUGGGCGAUGGGAGUCACACUCUACUGUUUUGUCUACGGGAAGUGCCCUUUUUAUGAUGAAUACAUUAUCUCUCUACACAAAAAAAUCAAGAACAAACCUGUGGACUUUCCAGAGACCCCAUUGAUUAGUGACGAACUGAAGGAGCUCAUUGGACGGAUGCUGGAUAAAAACCCUGAAACAAGAAUCACCAUCCCGGAAAUUAAGCUUCAUCCGUGGAUGACAGAGAACGGCCUGAAUCCUCUCCCUCUGGAGGAGGAGCACUGUACGGCGGUGGAAGUCACUGAGGAGGAGGUGCAGAACAGCGUGAAGCUCAUCCCCACGCUUUCUGCUGUGAUUCUGGUGAAGUCCAUGCUGAGGAAGCGGUCUUUCAGUAAUCCCUUUGAGUGUCAGGGCAGACGGGCGGGAAGGUCCAUGUCUGCCCCUGGAGGUCUUCUUACUGGUUCUUGGGGCUUAUUGGGGUCUUCGCCUCAUCUUCAUCCUUCCUUGAGGAAAGUCAGCAACGAGGGGAGCAGAGAAGGAGAGCUUGAGGACUUGUACGAAGACGACACAUUCACAGAGAGUGCAGAUUAAAUUCACACAUGCAUUGACACAGAUUCAAAUGUUCUCCUAAGUCUUGCAUGCCACCUUGGCUUUCAUGUUUGAAUUUUUGUAUCACUUUAGUGCAGAAAAACCCAGAUGGAUAGUGCAUUAAAUACAUUAAAUAAUAGCAAAGGAAAAUAGAGUUUAAUCUGCUAUGUUACUACUUAAAUUUCAGAUGGCAUCUGCCAUUCUUGAAAGUUAUAUGAUUUAUCUACUUGGAUUGUUCUUAAAAAUGUAAAUAUGCUCUAUAAAGAAGAUAUUUUUACGUUUUCCUACAGCUGUUGAUGAUAAUAAAAUUUCAAAUUUCAAA